AUGAAAAUUGGAAACAAUAUCAAAGCUGGAAAUAAUUUAUAUGAUGCAGAAUAUAUUCGAUAUUUUAUUGGAAUUAAAGCAAUCGUUCUAACAUCAUUAUGUGCUUAUACGAAUGUGACAUAUUUGAGAAAAAAACAGAAAUCUUUUCUUAUUGCACUUAUAUGACCAGCUUCUUAUGCACAAUCUCGUAUUUGGCUUGAUGAACAAAUUCGAUUCGAUCCAGAUAAACCACAAGUUGCAAUUAAUAAUAUGCCUUUUCUCUAUCGUCUUCAUUCGCAACAUACAUUAUCAACUACACAACUUCACCGUGCACUUCAACUCAUUCUUACAAAACAUCAAUCACUUCGAACAUCAAUUAUUUUCGAUGAUGAAACAAAUAAACUUAUACAACGAAUUAUUGAUAUCAAUGAUCAUACUAGAAAACUAUUUACAUUUAUUGAAAGUACUUUCGAAACAGAUGAACAACUUCAUACUAUAAUGUACGAUGAGAAAUACAAUUCUCAACUUUUUCAUCUUGAUCAAGGUCUUGUCUUUCGAUGUCACAUUCUCUAUUGUAAACAAAUUUCUUCAAAUAAUCUUCUUUGUGAUAAAAAUAGAAUUAUUUUCAAUUUUCAUCAUGCUUUAUUUGAUUUUCCAUCAAUGAAAAUAUUUCUUCAUGAUCUCAAUGAAGCAUAUAUAACAAAUCAACCACAUAUCAAGCAUAAUCGUGAUCUACAUUAUCUUGAUUAUGUUCUUAUUGAACAACAAAUGUCAAUGACUAGUGCAAGUAUGUUUUGGCUUGAUCCUCUUCUUGAUUGUAAUCUUGAUCGAUCUUUAUCAUUACCAUAUGAUUAG